GCACAUUCCGUUCGCCCUGGAGCGGUACGCCAUGCUCUCUCACGCCGACCUCCUGGAUGCUCGGCUCGGUGAGUUAUCAUCACUAAACUCCGGCCCUAAACUCCAGUGGAUGAAGGAUGCUGCGGAGCUACUCGGACACAGAGAAGCUCUCAAGUGUCGGCUGGGAGGUGGGGUUCCUGAGCAGGGCCAUCCGGGAGACAUGGCGCCGGGUUCGGACUCCGUGGAGGGAGCCACUCUCCUGCCGGGUGAAGACAUCACCGCCGUGGGCUCCAACUCCAGCCUGCCGGUGAACGGGAAGGAGCAGGAGAAGCAGCAGCAGCAGCAGCCGCAGCAGCAGAGCUCCGGACAGAGCGCGAGCCAGCAGAAACAGAAGCGGCACAGGACGCGCUUCACGCCGGCGCAGCUCAACGAGCUCGAGCGCAGCUUCGCCAAAACCCACUACCCAGACAUCUUCAUGAGGGAGGAGCUGGCACUGAGGAUCGGUCUCACCGAAUCCAGAGUUCAGGUCUGGUUCCAGAACCGACGCGCCAAGUGGAAGAAAAGGAAGAAGACCACCAACGUGUUCCGCGCCCCCGGCACGCUGCUCCCCACACCCGGCCUGCCACAGUUCUCAGCCGCGGCCGCCAUGGAGAACAGCCUGUGCUCGUUCCACGCCAACGACUCGCGCUGGGCCACGGGGAUGCCCGGAGUGUCGCAGCUGCAGCUGCCGCCGGCCCUGGGCCGCCAGCCGGGCAUGGCGCAGUCUCUGUCACAGUGCAGCCUGGGUCCGGGCCCGCCGCCGAACUCCAUGGGUCUCUCCAACGGCCUGUCCUCCAACGGCUCCGGCCUGCAGUCCCACCUCUAUCAGUCGCCUUUCCCGGGAAUGUCGGCGUCCCUCUCCGGCCCCACGAACGUAUCGGGCUCCCCGCAGCUGUGUAGCUCCCCGGACAGUGACAUGUGGAGAGGGACAAGCAUUGCGUCACUCAGGCGCAAAGCGCUGGAGCACACAGUGUCCAUGAGCUUCACUUAGUGACUCUUCACCUCACCGCACCCACCCCCCACCCCCACCCCCGUUUUACUCCUGCUGUUUAGAUCAAAACCAGAGAGAGACUUGAGAGAAUGGAGUCCAAUGUGACCGAAUACAAAAUAACAAGACGAAACUGGUGGACAGAAGAAGCUGUUAUUUCAAAUGAUGAACUCUUGAAGAUAAAUACUGAUGUAAUGAUCUCUAGAUUAUAGGUCCUAUUUACUGGGAGCCAAACAAUUGUUGUAUUUAUGUUUUCAUGGACGUGUCUUUACGCACACGUUCUUGUACGCAGGUGACGUUGUUAUGUCGAGCGGUUAUUUCUGAGUCUGGACUUUGGUGACAGUCCACCACACCGACAGUGAGCCUCCUGAACUGGGUCCCAGGGUUAAAACUACACGAGAAAGAGAUGAAGACUGAUUUUACACACUCAGUCUGAGACGUGGGCAUAAAUCAAGGUGCAGAAAAAUACAUAAAUAA